CGACAGUCUCCCGAGGAGCCCGGAUGCUGAGCGGCGCUGAGCGCGGAGGCAGGCAAGAUGGCGGACGUGCUGGACCUUCACGAGGCGGGCGGCGAGGAUUUCGCCAUGGAUGAGGAUGGGGACGAGAGCAUCCACAAGCUGAAAGAAAAAGCGAAGAAACGGAAAGGCCGCGGCUUUGGCUCCGAAGAGGGGUCCCGAGCGCGGAUGCGCGAGGAUUAUGACAGCGUGGAGCAGGAUGGCGAUGAGCCCGGACCACAACGCUCUGUUGAAGGCUGGAUUCUCUUUGUCACUGGUGUCCAUGAGGAAGCCACUGAAGAGGACAUCCAUGACAAGUUUGCUGAAUAUGGGGAAAUAAAAAACAUACACCUCAACUUGGACAGGCGUACAGGAUACCUAAAGGGGUAUACUCUAGUUGAAUAUGAAACCUACAAGGAGGCCCAAGCUGCCAUGGAGGGACUCAAUGGCCAAGAUUUGAUGGGACAGCCUAUCAGCGUGGACUGGUGUUUUGUUCGGGGUCCACCCAAGGGCAAGAGGAGAGGUGGCCGAAGACGCAGCAGGAGUCCAGACCGGAGGCGGCGCUGACCAGUCCGCUGUUGCCCAAGCGGUCUUUUCAAGACUCCAUUUUGUCACAUAACCAUGGAAGAGUAGGGCUGAAAUGGAACUUGUGUUUCUAUUUAAUCUCUUCAUAUUUCUUUUGAGUUAUGAAUAAAUGUUGUGUUUGUGUUUUCUA